AUGGAGACUGCCUAUGUCAAAGUCCCUCUACCUGCCCCCGCUCACAGCCCAUUGAAGGCACCACCUACUCCACCACCGGUCAAGACACCGCCGCCUCCUCUUCCGCCAGUCAAGACACCGCCUUCUCUUCCCCCAGUCAAGCCACCAACGGCUCCUCCACCUGUUAUGCCACCCACUUCUGCACCUAGGCCUCCACCGAAAACAAUAAAAGAUUGCUAUCCACUAUGUUUAGAGAGGUGCAAGUUACACUCUAGGAAGCGACUGUGCUUGAGGGCUUGCAUGACGUGCUGUGACCGGUGCAAAUGUGUUCCCCCGGGACAAUAUGGCAACUUGGAGAAGUGUGGCAAGUGCUACAGUGACAUGACCACCCACUAUGGCAGACGCAAGUGCCCCUGA